AUGGACUUACUCCAUAGCUGUGGUGUGAGCAGCACAUACUACCUGCAGACCCACUUUAACCACAGACAGGGCUACUUCCUGUCAGUCUCCAUGGCAACUGAUCUAAGCAACACCUUCUUCCUGUUGUUCCCCAUAUGGUUUCAUAUACGGCAAGCUGAAGCCAUCAAACUGGUGUGGGUGGCAGUAGUGGGAGACUGGGUCAACCUGAUCCUGAAAUGGCUUCUGUUUGGAGAGCGUCUCUAUUGGUGGGUUCAGGAGACGGGUUACUACGGCAACUCCUCCCAACCAAUAAUAGAGCAGUUCCCCAUGACCUGUGAGACUGGGCCAGGAAGUCCAUCAGGUCAUGCCAUGGGGACUGCAGCAGUCUACUAUACCGUGAUAUCAUCACUUGUUGCCAUAGUGCUGAAGACAGAAGAACAUCAAGUCAGGAAAUGGUGUGUGCGUGUCUCACUGUGGAUGCUGUUCUGGUGCGUGCAGCUGUGCGUGUGCCUCUCCAGGGUCUUUGUCGCUGCUCACUUCCCACAUCAGGUCAUCACAGGAGUUGUCAUAGGUAUCCUGGUGGCAAAAUCUGUCAGCCAGACCCAGCAGAUCCACAAGGCUGGCCUACGUUCCUACCUCCUCACCUCCCUGCUCCUCCUCUCUCUGGCUCUCCUCUUGUACCUGUGUCUCCUGCUGGUAGGAGUCGACCUCCUCUGGAGUGUGGAGAAAGCACGGUGCUGGUGCUGGAGAGCAGAGUGGGUCAGCGUGGACACCAGCCCCUUGGCCAGCUUGUUCAGGAACACUGGGACUCUGUUGGGUCUGGGCCUAGGGCUCCACUCUCCUCUGUAUGCACACACUAACUCAGUAGUGGUCGGCAGGGAGUCUGAGGGCACCAUCUACAGGUCAGUCUGUUUAAGUGCAACACUGGUGCUACUGCAGUUAUUUGACUCUGCUUUUCGGCCAGCUGUCCACAGCGGAGCUCUGUUUUAUCUGCUGUCGUUCUGUAAAAGUGCCAUGGUGCCUCUGGCUACUGUGGCUAUUGUUCCUUACUGUGUCACUGCAGCACUGGGAUACAAAGCAGAGAAGCUAUUAUAA